CGUCGUACUCGGUAAUCAGCAGUCCGGAGUGCUCAGGGGGAGAGGAGACGGUUGUAUCAUUUUGCUCUCACGGAAGGAGGGAUUAUCAUUCAGUAAUUGCCAGAGAGGCUUGGCCCAGACUUUCAAUGAAGGUAUGCCAGACUGGAAAGUUGUGCGCAAUUUUUGUUAACCUGUUGGAGGAAGAGUUUGCAUUCCAAUCGGUCAGGAUCUGCAGGUGGCGGAACCGCGGCGAGAGUUUCGACGCAAGUUCUUGGGAUUUAUUAUCAUAACGUGUACAUUUUGAUCGCAAAAGACGUUUGACAUCGAUGUAAUGUAGCCUACUAUAGGUUUGUUUUGAGACUGAUAUGUCCGUGUUGGCCGAAAUCCCUGAAAUGGGGGACGAACUGCGCGGCAUCUUUGUCAAAGAAUUAAUCGGACGACGUCCCAAAGAAAUUCAGUAGAAUUUGUCUCUUCGCCUUGUUAGUAGAUACAUUGUUAGUGAGCACGUCAAGAUGCGCUGGACAACGAUUGCCCUCCUGAUCGCUGGAGUUCUCCUUCGGCCCUCAGAAACGCAAGAGACCCUACCUGUCACAGUGCUCAACUGUUGCGAGGGGGACAUCGUCAUCGUCCUGGAUGCCUCGAGCAGCGUGGCCGCCUACGAGUUCACCCACAUGAUCCACUUCCUGUCCGAGCUGCUCGGCCCCUUCCAGCUGGGCCGCGGCCACGUGCGGGUGGGCCUCCUGCAGGUGGGCACCGAGCCUCGGGUGGAGUUCGGUCUGGACGGCCACACGGCCCAGAGCGGCCUGCGGUGGGCCAUACGCAACACCCAGCAGCUCCAGGGCGACACCAACACGGUGGAGGCCCUGCGCCUGGCCCAGAGGCUGCUGGGAGUCCGCCCCGGGGACAAGAGGAGGGACGGCCCCCCCAAGGUGCUCCUGUGGCUGACGGACGGGGUGGAGCCGGGGCCGGUGGAGGAGCCGGCGAGAGAGCUCCGGCGAGCGGGCGUGGCGGUCCUGGCCGUCUCCACGGGGUCGAGCAACUACCAGGUGCUCCGCCGCACGGUGUCUCCGCCCGUAGAAGAUCACCUGCACUUUGUGGACGUCGACGACAUCAGCAUCAUCACAGAGGACCUCAGAGAUGCCAUCAUUGAGAUCAUCCGUGCAGAUCGACUCCAGGUACGUGACAUUACCUCCAGGAGUGCCGUCCUGCAGUGGAGGCCUGUUCUGACAGCACACACCGGCACCUACGAGCUGACCUACGGGCCCUCGGCCGACGGGGCACCGGCGGGAGGGCGUGUCGGGGGCCCAGGGACCAGCACCACCUCCAACCGGGGCUCGUACGUCCGACAGAUCCUGCCGGGAGACCACAGCACGUGGCAGCUGAAGCAGCUGAGGCCGGGCACCACGUACACGGCCUCGCUCAGACCCGAGUCCAACCAGCAGCUCCUCAAAGCACUCAGUGUGAGCUUCACCACCCUCUCAGAUGUUUCAGUAGCUGUUAGUCCAACCACGGUCUCUAUUUCUGAGUCGGGCCCAGACAGCGUGCGUGUGAGCUGGGGUCCGCUGCAGCCCAGUCAAGUCCGACGGUACCAGGUGGAGUAUGCGGUGCUACCCUCUGGAGAGGUCCGAACGGUCAACCUCCGGAGUCACGAAAACUCCACCUUGCUGACCCAACUGCGGCCAGAUUCGCAGUACCUGGUCACGGUCACCGCGCUGCAUCUCAACGGCCAGGAGAGGGCGAUGUCGGUCAAAGCCUGCACUCAGGAGGUGGUGCCACCUCUAGAGGACCUGCAGCUGAGGCCCGCGGGCCAGAACUCUGUGCAGGUGGAGUGGAGAGGUCGCGUGGGGGGACCGCAGGGCUACUGGGUGAGCUGGGACGGGGCCAGACCUGCGUCCUCCCGCUUGCCACCCUCGCCCUCAUCCCUCUACCUGCCGUCCAGCUCCGCGUCCACCUUCCUCACCCACCUGGCACCCAAUAGCCGGGUGUGUGUGUCGCCGGUGUACAAGACGGCACGGGGACAAGGCUUGUGUUGCACACACACACAUUCAGACUCUUGGCAGUAGACGUCCUAUUCUUUGAAUCCACUUGGAAACCAAGAGCAAACACCGAAGGCACUCUGCUGGAAAAUAAGGCCUUAUCAUCUCUACUCUGCAAACCCCAUCAAGUUUCAUUGUUGCUUCUCAGUGUACAAUUAUAGCCUGCAAAUGGGCAAAUCAAUGUCUUGUUUAUGGUUAGAAUUUGAAUGAAAUUGGGCAGCUGAUGCCAUGAAUGAUAGUAAUUGUAGAUCAGUGGACCAAAAGCCACUCCAGAGACAAGAAAUAUGAUGAAAAUGAUAGGAAAGGCAAAUGCAUUUUAAAAAUCAGGCAGAUAGACAAUUUAUACAUUUCAGCAGAAGACAUUGCUUAGCUCAUGACUGUUCUCUCACCUGACAGCACUGUGCUGAACCUAUGGACAACUGAACUCUUCUUGCUGUCAUCUUCACACACACACACACACACACACACACACACACACACACACACACACACACACACACACACACACACACACACACACACACACACAUCAAUCAUACUAUAACAUGUACAUCACACACAGAUAACACAGACAGAGCAGAUGCAAAGACACAAAAUCACAUACCUCUGCCCUUAACUAGCAAAUACCCAGCAUUUAUUUUAUAUUACAAACCUUUCUGCUGUAAAGCUUGAAAAUAUACCAAAGGCAUACAUUUAGUAGGAUCAUCUCACUAGCUCAUGCAGAGUCUAGUGUUCUUAGUGGUUGUGUCAACAGUGACACUCAGUGGUCAUAUGCUCAAAUUACAUCUGACUGUCAAAUAUUUUUUUCCUAUCAAUGUAGUUGCUUCAAUAGUAUCAUUUGUGAAUGUCUAAUGUUUAAUCUAAUUAAUGUAUUUGAAAUGAAGAUGUAUAGCCUUAUAUGCUUAUCUUAUCUGUAUGAGAUGUAAAAACUAAUUUUGAUUAAUAAUAUGUAUUGUAUAAAGAAUUAAGACAUUUGGUGCUACAUUGGUUUGACUAUUAAAACAUGCAGUUGUUUCAUGGUUUUGGACCAUAAUUCUUGCAUAACAUGUUUCCAUGUAUUUCCCCAUCUAAGGGGAAAUACAUGAAAAUGCACUUUUAUGUCAAAUCAUAUUUAAGUAAAUAUGUCACUUCUAAAAGUCAUUGUUGUGAUGUAAACCAGAUUAAAGGAAU